AUGUGCACAUCAUUAACCACAUUAACAUGGGACUCUGUAAAGAAUGCUCCUUCUUUUAGAGAGGGAAUUAUGGCAUUCGACAACUAUUUACAAGAGACUCUUAUUUCAAAAGGAACCGAUUUUGCAUUUGUUACUCUAAAUGGAUCUGAUUUAAGGGUUCAACUGGCCCGAGAAGCCCAUGAUAAAGGUGUCAUUUUACCUCCCUAUUUAAGGCACCCUAAAUAUUUCGACUUGAGGUCUGAAUACACACGCUGGCAGGCCCACCAUCCAGAAAGUAUUCCUUACUCUGCUGCUUCAAUUUCAAGCAUUUAUGUCGCCUUGGAUGUUAUGGAUGCUAAAUCUGGCAAUAGGUCUGUAGUACCAAGUGCUACUGAAUCUCGAAGGGCUAUUGAUGCUGCUCAUCUAAGCACACAGAUCCUACGAGCUUUGAUUCAAAAGUCACAACCAUCUGAUCAACACCCCGAUGUUCUUACACGACCUGUUGAUACCGCUGCAGAUCUUGCGGCCUUUAUAAAUGAGAACUCCAAAGUUUUACACCUCAGUAAUUUACCCCAUGAUACAACUCAAAGUGAACUGGAGAGCUGGUUUACUCAGUAUGGAGGACGACCCAUCAGCUUCUGGACCUUGAGAACCCCUGAUCCAAAUCGAUCAGUCGAAGCAGGGUUUGCCUUGUUCUCCUCGCACGAAGAUGCCAUGGCCAGUCUGUCGAUGAACGGUCGUGCUCUCAAUGAUCGUGCUAUCGAGAUCUCUCCUUCUAGUAAUCGGGUAUUAGAGCGAGCCCAGGAAAUCCUCUCUCCCUUCCCACCGAGCAAAAACAGACCUCGUCCUGGCGACUGGACGUGUCCUUCGUGUGGAUUCUCUAAUUUCCAGCGUCGUACUGCCUGCUUUAGAUGUAGCUACCCGUCUCCUACCCAAACCAGUAUAUCCUCUGGUAGCAACGUCAAUCACAACCGUAACAACAGUAGCCAGUCGAAUAUCGCUCUCUAUUCGGGCUCUAGUGACUACCAACAGCAGGUAGGGAUGGCUCAGUCUCUCAACCCCACCGUUUCAAGUUCUACAAAUGCUGCAUCAGCUUCUCAGCAAACAUUAUACCAACAACAACAGCAGCAAACUCAACCCCAAUCACAACAAAUGCAUCUUAUGAACCACCCGCAGCAUCUUAACCAUCAGGUGGCCAGUAAUACUAUGAAUAAUGUUAACUCCACUUCGCGUAAUUAUGGUGUCUUGAAUAAUAAUGGAGCCACUACUGGCCCUAAUCAAAUCCGUUCCCUACCAAGUGGUGGUAAUUUGACAGGCAUUCCUUCAGUUCCUUUCCGAGCUGGUGAUUGGAAAUGCGGAGCUGAUGGGUGUAACUACCACAACUUUGCGAAGAAUAUCUACUGUUUACGAUGUGGAGCUCCCAGAGCUACUGCUGCAACCACUGGGGGACCGGUCAAUCCACAACACAACCGUGUUCCGAGCUAUUCCAAGCAGCCUCAAUUCAGUGCCAACCAAUAUACCCAACCUCUAGCCACUACUGACACGGGCUACCCGCAGCUCCGACAAGCCUCGGGACCACUACCCGGGGUUCAACCGGGCUGGUAA